AUGGCCCAUUUGGAGCCUCUCGACCCCAAGGUUGACUCCAUCCGCAUUCUCACUCUUCUACCAAGAGUUGACAAUCCAAACAGCAAGGAGCUCUUUUGCAAACUUGAGAACAGGACGCUAGCCAGCAAACCAAAAUAUGAAGCUCUGUCUCACGCUUGGGGUCCCGGCCAAGCGACCGACACAAUCUUCAUCAAUGGCCAAAAGGUUGUCAUACGACCUAGACUUCAUGAUGCGCUCCGCUCACUCCAAACCGGCAAAGGCCGGUCGUUAUGGAUUGAUGCCCUCUGCAUCAACAUGGAGGACACCAAAGAGCGCAAUGAUCAUGUCAAUAUGAUGUCCUAUAUCUACUCGAGGGCCACAAAAGUCCUCGCAUAUCUCGGACCGUCUCAUUCUGCUUUCAACAAGGCCGAUAUGAAAGAAAUGGGCGAGAGCUAUCACUACUUUAGCGAGAGAAACUGUCAACUCAUCUCCAAAAGUAUUUAUUGGACGCGUCGCUGGACCAUACAGGAGCUCAUCCAGGCCAAAGAGAUCCGCUUCCACCUCGGGAAAGGCUAUUUCACCCUCGACAACCGCUUCAAUAGUCUCUCCAACGCCUCCAAUGGUUCCUGGCUAGAUGACCACCUUGAAAGGAUCGAAAAUCAUCGGAAUAAUAUGCACUCUCACUUGCAACAAUUAGAAGUGCUGUUAGAAAUGUUCAAGGACCUUGAGUGCGAGGAUACCCGCGACAAAAUCUUCUCAUUGUUGGGAGUUGCCGAUGAUACCGCUCAGGAAUUAAUCGAAGCCGAUUAUGACGUGGAUUAUUACCAGCUGUACGCAAGUCUUAUUGAUUAUCAUCAAUCCGCUUCCCCUUUGCAAUGUCGGUCUGAUCUCUUCCGCUCGAGCACAUAUGAUCCUGAGCCAUGGAGAGAAAAUUGGCAGGGUUUUGAUGUCAGCAUUGAGCGCUCAGUGCGAGUUAUUGCUUUCAGCAACCUGGUGCAAAAGACACUUAAUAGUGCCGUCAACCAAACUCCAAUUCCAGAGUCUCUAUCACUUGGCGAUCCAAUAAUCGCCAGGGGUGUCAUAAUCGGCUCGGUUAUGAGCAUCGGAGAGACAUAUGACGACUACGUUUCCUCAUGGGAGUCAAAUAAAAAGUGGAAGGCACUCUUAGAAUCAACAUACAAAAAGGAUAAGGAUCUUGCCAAAUGGAGGGAAAAUGAUGCGGCCUUUUACCAAGAGAUGCUGAAGUGGGAUCAUAGUGAGGUUGCUGCUAUCCAGAGCUGUGACACGACUAAAAGCUACGGGUACCGCGAAAGUCAAGACGAUGAGCACAUCACUCGGGAGGCUUUAGACAGUGUUACCGAGGGAGCUCAACCCAGACGAUUUCUUGGAACUAAAGGGCUGAUGGGAUUUCUGCCCCCAGGUGCGAAGGAGGGCGAUCAAAUAUGCUCUUUCUGGGAGGCUUGCUUUGGCGUCGUGGUCCGCAAACUUUCAGAAGAUAGGUGGAUGAUUGUAGGGAGGGCGACAGUGUCAAAGGAGUCGCUAACCCCAGCUGUCACAGAAUCUGUCUAUCAUGAUGCUCUAAAUUACGGGACCGAAAAUACAUCAUACAGCUCGUUGCUGAGCAGGACCGGGGAUGAGUUUUGGGCGAAACAGAAAGAUUUGGCAUAUGAGGCUCUAAUCUUCUUCAAGUUGGACAUUCCUACUUUGCAAAAACUAACUGCAUAG